AUGGCUAAAUGCACCAAAAAGGUCAGAAUCGUUGGUAAAUAUAGGACCGGUUAUGGUGCCUCCCUCAAGAAAACAGUGAAGAGGAUUGAAAUAAGCCAGCACGCCAAGUGCACUUGCUCCUUCUGUGACAAAACCAAGAUGAAAAGACGAGCUGUGGGGAUCGGGCAUCACAGUUCCUGCAUGAAAACAGUAGCCAAUGCUAUCUGGACCUACAGCCCCACUUCUGUUGUCACAGUAAAGUCUGCCAUCAGAACACUGAAGGAGUUCAAAGACCAGUAG